AUGGCAGGAUCAAUCAGAUUCAUCAACGUAGCUCAAAUUGGUGGCUUGAUCGCCAUCAGUCUUUUGAGUAAACUUUUUACUGCCUUGGGAUUUUCUACCGAUCCGAUCAACGGUGCUGUCAUCAGAUCUCAGAGCACUUUGUUCGAAAAUUUGCCGGGCAAUGUGCGAAAUGAGACUAUGUUAGUCCCAAAUUCUGACGGUAAACAUGAGAGAGGAGCCGACAAGCAUGACAGGCCUGGUAUGGGAAGGGCCCCUGGCGACAAAGCUCCAAAGAUGCCAGGAUUGAUGUAUAAGGCCUGA